AACUGGCGCCACUGCUCAGCCAGCUCACUUGCGAAAUAAGUUUCCUAUAAAAGGAUGAAUGUGGAAGCAACCUGACUGAUGCAAAUGUGUGUGCGUGUGUGGAAGGGUGGACCGCACCCAUUUUGAACAAGUCACCACAAAGGCAAAAGAAUGACAUGGACCAAAAGCUCAACUUGCUCCCUGAAGAUGAUCAUUCGGGAUUUAUUUCUAAUUGUUCUACUCCGAUUUGAAGUGGCUAGCUGCCAGACCACAGAAAUCUUCCUCAAGGCCGGAGACGAGGUCACCCUGCCUUGCGAGCGGACGUCGUGCGCUGACUUAGAAUGGGUGUCCGGUCGGGACGGGAGCUUAACAAGUACUGAAGUGCGAGACGGCCGAGUGCUGAGCAGCUCGCCCAGAAGUCAACGCCUCAGCCUGAAGGCCGACUGCUCGCUGCUCAUUAAGCGGGUGACGGCGGAGGACGCCGGUUACUUUAGAUGCCAACAAGGCGGACAGCACGAUUUCGACUUUGUGCUGACGGUGAUGACAGUGAAGCCGUCGUCUCCUCUGCAGUCUGAUCUUAUGAGAGACGGUCACUUGGUUCUGGAGUGUUCUCUGGCCUGCUGGCCAACAUACAACUGUAGAUGCCGGGCAGGAGGUCUCCGUUGGAUGAACGAGCGAGACGAGCCGCUUUCGCCGCUUCGCACUGAGUCGAAUCACUGCCUCUCCUUUCUCAAGGUGCUUCCUGUCGGCCGCGAGAGCAAGUACACGUGCCAAUACGUGGACAGAAACGACGUCCAGGUCCAGUCCCAGUACACGGCUGUGUUCACGGAGGUGGACGCAGGAGUUCCCAGGGACACCCGGCCGCCGCCGGAGCGCAACACGCUCUUCAUCAUCAUCGGGGCGGCCGUCGCCGUCUUGAUGUUGCUCGUCAUCCUUGUGGUCGUCAUCCUCGUCAGAAGAAAGUCAAGAAGGGACGCGGACCACGGUACCAACGUCGCGUCUCCUCUUGACUUACUGAAAAGCACCCAGCCAGCUGAAACGGGCCAUUUUGUGCUUGCCCAGCAGGAAGACAACGCCAUGUACGCCAGCGUCAAUUACAACCACAAGAUGGAGGACACCAAGCACAAAGAUGGGUCGCCAGAAGAGAACAACGUGACCUACGCUACUGUUAGCGUCAAAAAGAAGAAGACUAAGGAGGACGACGUCGCCAAAACACAGGUCCGUGCAGAGGCAGAUGACCUGGUGACCUAUGCGUCCGUCAAGAUCUCGACUCAAUAAGAAAGGAAAAACAAGUUGCAAAGGUCCCCGUAACCACAAACACAUACGCAACAACUCAUUUUAUUAUUUAUUCUGAGAGUGUGUGUUCACUCAGAUCAUGUUUAAUGUUUAACGCAAAUGAAGUUGUAAAAGUAAAGAACUAAAUUCGA